GUGGCUAUAAAAGACAGGUUCAUAUUUAGGUCAGAGAUGGGUUAAACGGAUUAUCCUCAACCCUGCAGCAGCAUCACUAGUCCUAUAAAUGUGUGAGCAGAACCACCAAGGCUCCCUGGUUUACAGUAAAUGAGAUCUGAAUUGGAGUCUGGGAGUUUGGCUGUUGUCCCAGAGGUUCUGGGAAAUCACACAGUCUCCAUAUAUGGACAUCCUUUUUCUUUCUUACUCCCACGGUCACACAACCGCCGUUCACUUUCCUGUUUAAUGAGAAAAGAAACCGUUCAGUGUCAGAAGCAGCCAAUCAGAGCACCCUCUGCACGUGUUUCCAACCAAUCGCGUUUCACACACACGCACACAGAGUGAAAGUUACGCACCCAUCCAGCGGGUACAAAACUGAAUGGAUAGCGCAUGGUCAGAGUUAUUGUGUGGGUAAGGUGAGCGACAGAGAAACGAGGAGACAUGAAGCUCUUGCCAGAAAAUAUCCAAGUGCUGUACAUUGCCAGCAGUAAUUGCAUGGAGCCUUACGUGGAGAUUAUCCGAGUGAAGGACUCCAAGCGGCGCCUGAGUUUGUGCAGCUCCGAGGACUCGGAGGUGGAGGAGCCCGAGUACCAGGAGGAAGGAGACGAUGCUGUGCCUGUGUUGAAUGAGCACAGCCAGCUGCUGGGUGAUCAAGACCUGGAGCAGCUUGUUGCUCAUUUGCCAGCGAGGAUCCAAUGCCAUUCAUGGCAACUUGUGUACAGCACUGCUGUCCAUGGCAGCAGCUUGAAGACCAUGUACAGGAAUAUGAAAGGUCUGGACAGUCCAGUGCUACUGGUCGUCAAAGACAUGAACAAAAAGGUGUUUGGGGCAUUUUCCACAGUUCCGUUCAGAGUCAGUAAAUACUACUAUGGCACAGGUGAAACCUUCCUGUUCAGCUUCAACCCUACAUUUCAGGUGUACAGGUGGAGUGGGGAGAACUCUUACCUUGUAAAUGGCAAAAUGGACUCUCUGCAAAUUGGUGGAGGAGGGAAUGGCUUCGCUCUGUGGCUGGAUGCUGAUUUGAACCAUGGGGCAAGUUUUUCCUGCCCUACCUUCCACAAUGCACCGCUCUCCAAUCAAGAAGACUUUAUAGUACAAGACCUCGAGGUCUGGACUAUGCAGAGCUGAGAAAGAACAUCUAAAAAUGUGACAUAAAAUCAAUGUGGAACGCAUACUCCUGUCUGGAGUGACAGGGCUAAAUUACUUCAUGGAGUACAUGCAGUUAAGCUACUACUGUACAAAGACUGAGAAAACAAUUGCUCCAGUAUCGUCUGUGUAGCUGGCUGAAAAUUAGCCCACACACAGUGCGUAUGAAGUCUGUUCCUGUGGUUCUUGGGCUGGCUUUCUCUUUGCACUGGUUUGACCUGUGUUCAGUAGAAGAUGCCACAUGCAAGCCUAUGAUUUGGGGUCCUGUUGCUUUAAACUACAAGCUAUUCAUCAGCAGCCUCAUGCCAGGCCCAGUUAGUUACUGGCAUCUGAAGCUUUAAGCUCUCCAUGCCCUCCUUUGGUUAUGGGGGGAAUUCAAAGAUAGAGUUCAAAUUAAGACCAUUAAAAGGUUAUACCUACUGUUAGUACACUCAGGUCCUAAAGUCUUAAAUUAAAUUUUAUCUUUAGAUUUUCCAAUUUAAAAGUUGUAUACCUGAAUUUUCAAUGUCUAGUAUGUUUCUACAUGUGUGAGCGUGAAUUUGUUAUGUAGUAUUGUUUGGCUCAAAAACACUUCACGCUCAAAAAGACACGUAUUUAUUUCUAUGGUGAAAACACUUGGGGACAUUGUGGUUGUGAGUCUCCAUUUCCUGUACUCUUUUUAGAGAAACACUAACAAUAAUGUAUCAGCUAUAAAAUAUGUAUUUGUGUAAACUGUUACGACUGUUUUUUUUUGUUUUUUUAAAAGUGAGACACCACUUGGCUGGUGGCCUGGCUUUUUACACAGCUGGGAUCAUAUUUCAGGGAAACCUUUCAGAUAUUUGACAUGUUUUUCUUUUUUUUUUUUAACUUAUUAGUAUAUUUUAAUUAUUUUUGAAAAUGUAAAAAGGAAAGUAAAGCAUGAUUCCUAGA